GAUUUCUGAAAGAGAUACUUCUUGGGUUAGAAGGCAUCGGCGAGGAGCAAUGCCCGAUGAGAGAACUAUACAAGCAGAGAGGGUUACAACACUUGAAAGUGCAAUUAGGGGUUUUGCUGAAAGGAAAACUGCUUCAGUCAUUACACCAAAUCUAGGAUUGAGUUAUGAUUCGUUGACAGAAGCUUACGACUUUUACAACCUUUAUUCAUGGGAAUGUGGCUUUGGCAUACGUUACGGGAAGAGCAGAAUUAAUGUGAAAGGAGCGAGGUGUAUGAAGGAGUUUGUUUGCAGUUGUUCGGGGAAACCGAAUAAGGAGAAUAGCAGUUCAUGCAGAACAAAGUGUCGUGCAAUGGUGAGGCUACUACAAACUGAUGACGGGGGGUGGUAUAUAUAUGAGAACAAGACAGAGCACAAUCAUGAACAGCUUGAUACUUGUGCUUCUAAGCUACAUUUUCCUUCGCAUAGGCACAUAUAUAAGUACACUAGAGAAUUGGUGGCGCAUCUUAGGCAGAAUAAUGUUAAUCUUAGUAAGGUGUACAACAUCAUUGGAACCUAUUUUGGGAGGAUUGAGAACGUCCCAUUCACCAAAAGGUGCUUGCGUACACUGUGUGGGAAAAUUAGUAGAGAACAAGCUGAUGACGAUGUGCGUAAAACAAUAGAACUUUUCUCGGAGAUGAAAGAGAAAGAUAGUGAUUUUUCUUACGCAGUUCAAGUGGAUGAUGAAAGCAGGAUUAGGACAUUGUUGUGGUCUAAUGGAAGAAGUAAAUUGCAAUACCACUAUUUCGGAGAUGCAGUGACAUUUGACACUACUUACAAGACAAACAUGUACGACAUGCCAUUUGGGCUGUUUGUAGGUGUCAACAAUCAUUUCCAGAGCACUAUUUUUGUUGGCGUUCUUAUGAGGGACGAGCAGUCAGAAAUUUACGAAUGGGUUUUCCAUGAAUUUGUGAAGAUGAUGGGAGGAAAGGUUCCGGUCACUAUUCUAACUGACCAAGCAAGGGCGAUGGAGAUUGCUAUUGAGAAUGUUUGGCCAGAUACAACACACCGUUGGUGCAAGUGGCAUAUUCUUCGUAAGGCUAAAGAGAGUUUGGGUUUUCAUUAUACAAAGAAGAGUGACUUCCGAGCAGAAUUGCAUAGAUUGGUGAACCACAUGCUAACUAUCGGAGAGUUUGAGAAGGGGUGGGUGGAGAUUAUGAAGAAAUACAGUUUGCAGAGCAAUACAUUCCUUACACAAAUUUUUGAGGUGAGGCGGAAGUGGGCGAAGCCAUAUUUUUCUGGUAAAUUUUGUGCAAAAAUGACGAGCACACAAAGGAGUGAGAGCGCAAAUCACAUGCUUAAAAAUUAUGUUCCUCCAGCAUGCCCAAUGAAUCUUUUUGUGAAGCAGUAUGCAAAAGUACUAUUUGAUAGAGAGCAAGAAGAAGGUUUCCAAGAAAAAAGGACCAAAUUGGCAGGAGUAGUCCUAAAAGUUGACAUACCAAUUGAACGACAUGCAAGCACGGUGUAUACUCGGGCCAUGUUUGAGCUGUUUGCAAAAAAGUCUUUACUACUCUGGAUCUUAUUACAUCGAAGAAUUAGUUCCAAGGACUGAGUACCUGGCAACACAUGUGAAGGCGGAAUAGAGGAAGAAAUGGUACAAGAGUAGAUACAAGGUGGUUGUUUCGGAAUUCAGAGAUUUCUUCAGUUGUGAGUGUGGACUCUUUGAGCAUAUGGGGAUGAUUUGUUGCCAUGCACUAAAGGUGAUGAUAGUGUUGGGAUUGAAUGAGAUACCACGGAAGCACAUACUGAAAAGAUGGACAGUAGAUGCGCGUGAUAUCCUUCCAGAUCAUCUGAAGCACUAUCAAAAAGAUGUAGGCCUACCUGAUUGCACCACUUUCAGGCACAAUGCUAUGUACAUCUCGGCCCUGGAAUUGGUUAUGAUGGGUGAUAGCAAUCCAGAGGCUUUUGAUUAUGUCAUGAGCGGGCUGGCAGAAUUGAAGAAGGGAGCUUUGCCACUAAGUAAUCUAAAAGAUGGAAUGAGUCUAAUUGAUAAAAAGAAGGCAUGCAAGUCUUCUUCUAUUGGUAAAUCUGGUGGUUGGAAGGGUAGUCAGAAGCAAUAUAUUGAUGAUGAAGCUGCGUCAAGUGCUGGGAAAAUUGAAUGGAGAAAUGCAAAAGCAAGAACGAUAGGAGGGGAUGGGAAAUCAUCAGUCGAUGCUAAUGGGACCAUUCAAGCGAAUUCGGCAUCGUCAACUGUACAGGGGGAUGACCGAAGCACGGCUGAUUCAAAUAUUGUUGUAACUUCAAGAUCCAUGGAUACAGAAAGUGACAUGUCCCUGUUACCCCCUAAGAAGAAACCUAGGAUGAGAGGUCAUCCGACAACUGCAAGAGACAAGCCGAAUUACGAAAUAAAUGACAGGCGAUCGAGGUUUUGCACAAUUUGCCGUGGGAAGGGGCACAAGAGAACUACAUGCCCUCAAAUGGGCAACGAACCGCAGAAGCCGAGGAAGAUUCCGACAUGUACAAAUUGUGGCAUAGCCGGUCAUCGUAGGAAUACUUGUUCAAAAGUUUUGUACUCUACAUUCGAUGGGGUACCCUCUGUAGGAUGUAUCUGAAAUGAUUAUGAACUUGUAAUUGGAUCUUUUUAAAACAUUUGGACAAGUUUGUGUUGUAAAACUUA